AUGGGGCCGGUUCCUCGGCUGGGAGAUGCGGAGGAACCGCGACUUGGUCGUCUCUGGAUGGAGGGGACCUUUACCCUUGCUGGGCCUAGGCUGAAUUGGGACACUAUGGUGGGAGUGCUCCGGCUAGUUUGGCUGGGUACACUCAGGUUCCUAGGUAAGGCUACGUUGGGAGCCUUGGGCCUGAUUCAUCUCCCAGUUACGCUUCAGUGUGCGGCAGUCAUGCUCGAGCUCGACAUUCUUAGCAUGAAGAUGGUCAUAUUUCUUGGACAUCUUGGUGACACUGGUGUGGAGGCUCUCCAGUUCUGCCUGGAGAUUGGCAUCUACUUAAGGUCUCCUUUGGGAGGUACCCCCAUGGGGGGUAUGGUGCUGAGUCCCGUGGUUAUCCUCAGUAGGCAUAAUUGA